GAGGGUGACGUACUUCCGGUAGCGCAGCCACCAGGUCAUGUUGGUGUUCUCAGAGAAGAAAAGAAUCAGACUUUAACUGACAGUCUUGAGGACAGCCAACGUCAAAGCUUUGGAGAACAGCUAACAAGGGAACACUGCGACAUUAAAGCAGCGAGUAACUCUUUAAACUUUGUUCAAGUAAGAAAAGAGCAAAUCCAUUUUCUAGGUCGUGGUGCCUCAGAAGAUACCGCUAUGGCCAAGGUACAAGUGUUAAACGUUGCUGUGCUGGACAACCCGAGCCCGUUUGGAAAUCCCUUUCAGUUUGAAAUAACGUUUGAAUGCAUGGAGGAUUUGCCGGAAGAUCUGGAGUGGAAGAUCAUCUAUGUGGGUUCAGCUGAGAGCGAGGAAUACGACCAGGUUCUGGACUCUGUUCUAGUUGGCCCGGUACCGGCUGGCAGACACAUGUUUGUGUUUCAGGCUGAUGCUCCUAACACAGGGCUGAUUCCAGAGAGUGACGCUGUAGGAGUGACUGUUGUCCUUAUAACCUGCACCUACCGUGGACAGGAGUUCAUCCGCAUUGGUUACUAUGUCAACAAUGAAUACACAGACCCUGAACUACGGGAAAACCCACCCCUCAAACCAGACUACACUCAGCUCCUGAGGAAUAUUUUGGCUUCCAACCCCCGAGUCACCCGCUUCCAUAUCAACUGGGAGGGCUCGGCAGACAAGAUGGAGGACUGCGAAAAUGUCGACCCGUCCCCCAACAUCAGCGGCAUGCUCCCACCGUCCUGUAUACCAGGAAAGAUGCCACCUCUUGGACUGAUGCCAGACAACUCCAUGGACUGCAUGUAAAAAAUCAUCAGAUUAAGAUAAUGGACAAGAGGUUGUUCUUAUCUGUACACUCAACCACAUUGCAAACACACAUUUGGACAAGAAGGCCAAGGAUGUAUCAAGGACAUUAUUUUUAUACAGCAUACACAAAUGGGAUGUAUCUGGCAUUGUUACAAACUGAUUUUGUCUCUUGUGCUCUCUUUCGCCACAUACAGGCCUGCACAACCAGCUUUGCCUUAUUUUAAUAUAUCUCUGUCUUAGACAAUGUCAAAGCUGAGCCAGAUAAAGUUUUGAGUCCUCAGGGUGGGGCGAUUUUAAGACGGCCAUAUCCUCACAGCCCUGAGAUUUGCAAGUCAUACACAUUCACUAAUGGUCACCUGUUUGGUAUCCAUACUGUGCUGUUCAUUGUGUCUUCUGAGCAUGGAUCAAAGAUAUGGGCAGUGCUCUGUAUGUAGCACUUGCUGUUUAUAGUAAAGCAUUUAAUUGUUGUGAAAUUGUGUCAUGUAAAUGUGUAGCAUCUGGAGUAAGAGUGCCAGUGGACAGAAAUGUUGGGUUUGAAAUGUGGGUCAUGUUCAGGGGCCUGUUGCAAGAACUAGCUGUAUUUACUGUUGGCUAGAUAGCUUAUGCGGAGUACAACCUUGUGUUUGCAAGUUUUAAAGUUAUCCCGAUAAUCGGCCCCAGUUCAGUUAAAUGUCUGUCUCUAAUGAUGCACAAAACAUGUAGGAAAAGGAGAUGAAGACAUGGUUUCUGGAUUGCAGUUAAGGUUUAGGUUUUCUGUAAAUAAUGUUUUCUCAGUGCUCAUAUUGUCUUCAAGAUGAGAAGGCACAUUUUCUUUUUGUACUUACUAUAUAUAUUCUCUGCCUCCAGUAUUUGUAACAAUGGGGGUUGUGAUGGGCUUAAUAAAGUUUGUUUUGUGGACCUAGUG